AUGGUUGACUUAGCUAAGCGUAUGCUGACCAGCAUCCGCCGUGCCCUCCGCAAGUCUCUGGAGUCAUCAAGCUGGUUCACAGGCAGAGAUCGAGAGUUGGCACUCCGCAAGCUUGACAACAUAACCACCCACGUGGGAAGCCCAGGAAAUCGAUUGGACCCCGUGUCGGUCGAAAAGCAUUACAAACCGUACCCGGAUGCAGUCCCGGACCUACUUUUCCCCACAUGGAUCAAGGCUCUAUCUCUCUCCACCCAAGACAUUUGGGCUGACCAGACGUCAUGGCUCUACGACGAGACGGAAGUGACUGCUAUCUAUUAUUACAAGUACAAUGCUCUCAUCCUACCAACAAGCAUCUUACAGCGACCCUUCUUUUAUCCGCAUGGACUGCUUGGUCUGAACUAUGGUGGCCUCGGAACGCUACCAGUCAGCGCCCGCCAGGAGGCGUUGAAUUACAAGAUGGACUCCGAGAACCUGGCGGACUGGGUGGGCAUCAUAACUGCGUACACGGCCUUUGCUUCGUUGUCCUCAUCGGAGAGCAACGUCACGCUAGCGGGGCUUGACAUGUCGGCAGAGCGCUUGUUCUUCGUCAAUCACUGUGUGACAUGGUGCCAUGAGAAAAGCAGGUUAACGAGCUACUAUGCACCAUACCGAUCCCGCUGCAUAGUGCCCCUGAUGAACAUGCCCGAGUUCUCGAGUGCCUUUGGCUGCGCCCCUGGUGAACCUAUGAAUCCACGAAAGAAGUGCACCUUUUGGAAGUGA